CUAGUGACAUUUUGACUGCACAGUACAAACCUCUGUCCUUGAAGAACAUUUCCUCUUUGCCACUCAGAGUUGUUCUUUCUUUGCAAGAACCCUUUGCCCUCUGUGACAUGAGUCACAAAGUGAUUCCAGCUCCUGAACAGCCUUUAAUGAUGGGUGUUGGAGAGAUACAUCAUCUUUCUAUCAGAUUUGACCCCAUCUAUAGAGAUGACCUGUGCAGUCGAGUAUCAGAAGAAGUUCUAAUUUUGCGUUACUUGGAGCAUCCUCAUGUGGACUAUGUCGAUCUCCGGGGAGAAGUGCAUUUCCCAAACCUCCACUUCCAAACAAUGGAUCUCAAUUUUGGCUGCAUCUUGAAUGACACAGAAGUUAUACGUGACAUCACUAUGAACAAUUGCAGUCCCCUUCUUAUCAAAUAUCGCUGGUCCUUCCUGACAGAUGAUCGUGAAUCCUUUAUCAGGUUCAGCUCAGAAAGCACGAGGCCUCUCCUUGCGCAGGAAAGAGCAGAAGAGCAGGAGAUUCCGCAGCCACCGCAAUGCCCUGCAAGGUACAGGAUCUGCAAGGGUUCCACCAG